AGAUUGCUUAUAGCAGCGCUACAAGUCGUGGUGCCGGAGUAUAACCAGCUCAGUCUGACCGCGUGAGGAGACGAGUGUGGCGUGUUCAGUUACGAUGCUCUGGCUGUACCUGGUGCUGUGUGUCACAUCGGUCCUCGGGAAGAACACUCCAUCUGUCGCAGUAGCGCCGACAGUGAGGCUCAGAGAUGGGAACCUCAUGCCGCGCCUGGGUCUCGGCACCUGGCUUGGGUUCAUCAAAAUGGGUCCUGAGGAGGAAGUCCGUGGUGCUGUGGAAGCAGCCAUCGACGCGGGCUAUAGGCUCAUCGACACGGCCAACAUUUACAUCACAGAGGAACAAGUGGCGCUGGGGAUGAAGAAAAAGUUAGAUGAAGGUGUUGUUAAAAGAGAGGAGAUGUUCAUCACCACUAAGCUGUGGAACGACGCCCAUCGUUACGAAGCCGUGCUACCAGCGCUGAAGAACUCUCUCCAGAAGCUAGAGCUGGAGUAUGUCGACCUCUACCUCAUACACUUCCCUAUUGCCAUCGAUUCUAAUGGAUCCGUCGUCGACGUAGACUACUUAGAGACCUGGCGCGGCAUGAUAGAGGUCCAAAGGCAAGGUCUCACGAACUCCAUCGGAGUUUCUAACUUUAACAUCUCGCAGCUGCAAAGGUUGAUUGAACAAACGGGCGUCACCCCAGCAGUUCUUCAGGUUGAGGUUAACCUUAACAUCCAACAACCUGAACUGCUGGAAUUCUGCAAGGCCCACAACAUCGUCGUCAUGGGCUACACUCCCUUCGGAUCCAUCUUCCCCCAGAAGGCCGCUGAGAGCGCUCCUCCCCCGAGGGUUGAUGACGAGGAGCUCGUCCAUAUAGCUAAGAAAUACAACAAGACCGUCCCUCAAGUGGUGCUCAGAUACCUGUUCGAAUUAGGAGUGGUGCCGAUCCCUAAAUCCGUGAAGAAGAAUCGAGUGGAGGAGAACAUUGACAUCUUCGACUUUGAGCUGACUCCAGAGGAGAGGAACCUCCUCAAGAGUUACGACGCCAACUAUAAGAUUGUGAACGUUGCUUUGUGGAAGGACUCUCCGUACUAUCCGUUUUGAAAAAUGAAUUAAUUACGAAAUAAUUUUCAUAACUUUAGAAAAUUUCUUGAUUUCAAAUAAAAAAAUUUAAGCAAGUUG